CUUUGAAAAGAAAGCUGUUGUUGAGAGUUACAAUAAGUUUUCGACAUUUUGGUCAAAGUACUAUCCAUCCAAACUGAAAAUGACUAUUACCUGUAGUUCAGAAAUUCGAUCCGAUGAUGAUAGGGAAAGCCUAAUGAUUGACAGCCUUCAACUCAGCGAGAAAGAGGCAAAGUGCUCCUCUGGAGAUGAUUCACCUGCGCUUCUUCACCACAUAGCUCUCUGCGCCAGCAACGGUGUUUGCAGCUUUAUGGCGUUUGUAACAUACUCUUUGUUUUCACCAUUCUUUCCUCAAGAGGUUAGCACUUAUAUUUAUUGAUUAAUGAUAUAUCACAAAUGAAGCCUACCGUAGUUAUUCGGUUAUAAGGAGCACUCGGCUAUAAGACGCACCCCCAAUUCGGCAACUUCAUUAUUGCAUGUUUUCAAACUGAGAAAAUUGCUAAAAUACUUGGUUAUAAGCCGCACCGUUGUUUGGGGAGUAAAGAUCGGUCAAGUUUAUAGUAAAUUCUUUCAUAAACUUACAAAAAAGCGAAAAAGUCGCGUAUUGAUUUUAAUUUACCGUUAAUCAACAAAAGCAGAAUUGUCGCACACGCGACCACGCACACAAACAAAAGCCUUGAUUAAACAAGAUGUACCGCCGAGAAUGCAGGUCUCAGUGCACUAAAAAGGCUGAACGGAUGAAGAAGGUAUUUACCUCUUCGCUUGUUUAUUUUCGUUUCGUUUUGUGACGUAUCAAAUUAUUAAGCACGUGCUCUCGAGCACGUAUCACAUCUAUGCAAAUUUGACUUCGCUUGUCUUUUCAGAACCACCAUAUUCAUAAAAGUCAAUGUGUGUGUGUCAUUUUAUUUGCUUGAAAUCGUACCAGUAACUGUGAUCAAAAAAAAUUGUUUCGGGAAAAUAUUCGCCCAUAUAAGACGGACCCAAACUUUGGCGGUAAUUUUUAGUAGAAAUUAGGAAUUUCUUGAAAAAAACGGUGCGCCUUAUAACCGAAUAACUACGGUACAUUGGAAAAUAAAUGUAAUUCCUAGUAUAAUAAGUGACUAGUUGUCCUCAUAUAAUGAUUUCAAACUCUAAAUCAACAAAGAGGGUUACGGAUGCUCCUUUUUAGAAUAUUGAAUCAUGUACCCAUAAUUUAUCAGAAGUGUGUAAAAGUGUGCAGUAUAAAAGAGGAUGUGGUAAUAUUUUUCAUUGAUAGUUUCGUAACCAGAGUAUUUUGAGAUUGACUUCAAUUUGAAUUUUAAUCUCCUGCUUGUAGCUAUUGAUAUUCUUAAAAGCAUGUAUAAUAAAGCCUUUUCUUCUUCUUCUUUUUUAAAUAUUUGUUUUUGUGAAUGAUGAUUUACACCAUUUGUAUGAUCCUUAAGGAAACAUUUCUUCUUCUAGGAAAAACAAAACUGCCCAUUUUAUGCGGAGGUUACAGACAAUAUGACAGAAAUAAUCAAAUACAUAUUCCUUUACAAUAAAGAACUUUUUAGAAAAUUUUAAUCUCUUCCUUAGAAGUAAAUCUCUUCCUUAGAAGUAAAUCUCUUCGUGUUAUGUCUGCACCCUGGAAAGCAUCAAGAUAAUAGCUUUUAACGUACAUUAAACUUAUAAAAAACCUGAUAUCAUAAUGCUAUGAUCUCAUAUUAUGAUCGUGGAAUUAUCGUCAUCAUCAUUUAUUUUUAGCAAUACAAAACAAAACAAAUUUCUGAAAGGAUUAUAAUUGAUAGAAGGAUGGAUAUUGAUAUAUACAUUGAUAUGGAUAUUGAUAGGAAUUGAUAGAUGUCAUUAUAACCUAGUGGAUUUUUUUACUGUUAUUUUUUCCAGAUCUAACGGAAAAACUUUAAACCUUACCUUCAUCUUUUCCUCUUAGAUCAAUGUCAACAUUCUCUAAAAAGUUUUAAAUCUGGCUUUCAGAUGAGUUGUAAAACGAUGGUGACAUUUUUCUACUGUUACCAAUUCUAAUGGAAAAUGUCUGUGGUCAAAAUCAGAUUUGAUUCUCUAAUUAAAGAAAGGGCUCGUUAAACAAUUGCCUUCAAUCCAACAGGAGAGGGCAGUACUCGAGCUCAGAUUUCUCUUGAGUUAGUUGACUUUGGACUCUUCGAAGCAUAGUUAUUAUCAUCCCCAUCAGUAUUGUCUACUUUGUGGUUUUUUAGGCACGUUCUGUAAAUCAUUCACUAUUCUUUCCCAGUGAGGGUAGCACCUAGCACUUCCAAUCGCUCUGACAAAGGGCUAAAGCUCGAAGCGUCAGCUUUUUUACUUUUGACAGCGGCCAAUUUACGUUUUCAACUCAGUUGUUAACACUAAAUUACAUGCUGGCUCUUAAAUUUUUUUAAUGAAUACUAAUAUACUUCUGUCUAGGACGCCCACGUUUGCCAAUUUUUACACUCUAUUAAAUUUAACCAGUAUGUAAUGUGUUAACGAUUCUCAUUCCUAAAUGUCAUUUUUUCCCUUGAAAUUACGGAAGGGCUCGUUAAACAACAGCUUUCAAUCCAACAGGAGAAUGCAUUACUCGAGCUCAGAUUUCUCUUGAGUUUGUUGACUUUGGACUCUUCGAAGCAUAGUUAUUAUCAUCCCCAUCAGUAUUGUCUACUUUGUGGGUUUUUUAGGCACGUUCUGUAAAUUCACUAUUCUUUCCCAGUGAGGGUAGCUAGGAAUCUCUGCGAUAUUUCAAUUGGUUUGUCACGCAUUUCUCUCGAUAACUUUUGCGUUUAGCGGCUAUUCGAGAUCAGUGGAGGCGCGUAAUUGCCGCUCAGAUCGAAGAGAAACUGGAACCCAAAUAGGUCAAAUAGGAAAAAUCGAAAACCGCAUCGGAUAUCAAAUCCGAAAACUGCAUCGGAUAUCAAAUCCGGAAACCCGCUGGUAUUUUUCGCGAAAACCGAAAACCAGAUGCUGAAAAUAGGUAUAUCCGCAAACCGCAAUGAACACCAAAACCGAAAAACCCUUUUGGUACAAAAACCAAAAAACCGAUCUAAAAAAUAGCUGAAACCGCAAAACCGAAAAUCCCAAUGCCCCCCUCGUUUUGGUCUCGGUCCGCAUUUUUGUCAACAGAAUUAACACACCGUUUAAAAAGAUGAUAAUAUGAACCACGUGUAAAGCUGUCAAUUGUUUCUCGAAUGUUGCGCGUGUUAAAUAUUCAGUAGUGACAUCUCAUUAACAUCUACAUCUACAUCUACUUUUAUUACAUUGGUAAAAUCUGUACAGACAUCACACCAACCAACUCGCGCGCAAAGUGAGAAGACUAUAUGAAGGCUUCAAAUUAUAUUAAGAUCGAUUUUGAUCAGGAAAUGGGCCAGAAAUAUUCCACAAUAAUGCAAAUAAUCGUGAAAGCUGAUCGCGGAAAAGCGAUUGCGUGACGCUCGGUAAGUUGUAAGAUGACAUGUUAUCACACGCCAGACGAAAAAGCUCUUUAGAUUCUUAGUAUGCAUUUUGUACCCAGUCUGCAGUCUACAUUUUAUACCUAGUCUACAUUUUAUACCUAGUCUACAUUUUGCAUCCGGUCUGCAGUCUGCAGUGUGCAUUUUGUACCAACAGGUAUCCGUGGCACCAAUAUAAUUUAUUUUUGGUUACAGUUAUUCGCACAACACACACAAUUUACCACAAAAUACCUGUGUGUGAGUUAAUGCGACAUUUUUUUUCUUUUCCGCGUUAAUACUCUUCUUUCCUUUUGAAAAAUGUAGACAUCACUUAUAAUGUUUCAAGUAAUGCAGUCAUGGAAUUUUCAUGGAAAAGAUCCCUAGCUUCCUAGGAUUUUAAUUCGUCUCCUGGAUAAGGAAGUGUUGGUGCAAAGGGGAGGAUGGUAAAAAAGAAUCUCUUUCACAAGCUUCAACAUUGCCAUGACUGAAAAUUGAAAAAAGAAAUACUCUGUACACUCAUGGCAAAAGGCUCAUCACAAUUACCUUGAAGAGUACAGAGGUAGAAGGUUUGAGGGGAGAGGGGUGGGGCAAAGGGCUAAACUGGCAGAAGUAGGAGCUUAAUGAGGGUCUAGGGAUGGUUGUUGUGCAUAGUUUCCAAUCAAUAAUGCCUCUUUUAUGGUUUCUUUUAUAAGUUUUGCGAUUUAUCAUUCAAUUUUUCUUCUCCUUUUUUGUUGACUUAAAGGCAAGGGAUAAAGGCGUGUCUGGAACUAUAGUGGGUUUGAUCUUUGGAACUUAUUCGUUUGUGAUUUUCAUCUUUUCGCCAUUUUGUGGAGUUCUUGUAAGUAUUUGACUCUGAAGGAUAUUCAUAAUAGUUGAAAUAUUUGAACCAUUUGUUUGUAUAUUUAUCAUUAUUCCCUUUUUCAGCCGAUUAAAUACUCCACCAUACUUAUUUAAGUAUUCAUUUUUUGCGAUAAAUAACUUAGUCACAUUCACAUCAGAGUCAACUCAACAACAGUUUUUGUUUCCAUAUUUUCUUGAAUAUUAGCGCCCGAGCGAUUUUUUAAAAUUUCGGCUGAAAGGAGAGGCGCUUAUUGGAAAGAGGGCGUUUAAUCAAGGGCAAGGGGAGGGGGGGAGGGGUGUGCUUAGUGCACAGCAAUAGGAUGAAAACCAAAGAACAGAUAACACACAUAAGUGAUCUCAGUACCACAUGGAGAUAAAAAUAACUGAAACAGAAAAGAAACUAUUCUCCUGAACUGAUUUUGCGGUAGUUGAAGCUUGUAAAAGUUAUAAAUAAAGUGGCAAUAGGAACAGGUUUUUCUUGUACUCCUACCUCUUAAGAAAGUAAGGGAGGAAGUAGGGUGCUUGUUUGAGAUUAUGGGGAUGGGCGCAUAUUCGGGAGAGGACGCUUACCGGUAUUUGAGUUUGGAUGCUUAUUCGAGGAAAUACAGUAUUUUAGAGUUACUUCUUAAGAUAACAAACUUCAUCCCCUUCAGAUCAAAGUGGGCUUAACGAGGCAGAAACUGAAACAGUUUAUAAAAAUAGUGCAUUAUGACAAAUCUAUAUUUGGCAUCCUCAACCCUUUAAAUUCUAAUAGUGACAAGCAUCUUAUUCCUCCUUACAAUAAUACUGAUGAGUCAUUCAUUAAGAUAAUGAGAAUAAAGGAAAUGAUCUCCAUCCUGAGAAGCUUUGAUAGAUAAGUGAAUUCUCCUUGUCUGUACCAAAGAAAUGUACAGAAAAGAGUAUAGAGAAUUUAGAUGCUGACAUUUGGGCGUAAAGGGAUAAUAUGAUGAUUUAUGAGAACCACAUGGCCACAACUCAGUUAUAUGUAGUUUUCUGCUUGGAUCAACAAUUGAAUUCCAAGCUUUUUCAUAAUCAUUUACUGAGGAGUAAUUUGUAUCACUUGCAGAUACCAAAAUAUGGCCCUAGGUUUGUUCUCUACUCAGGGCUUGUUCUUUGUGGGGGAUCAUUGGUUUUAUUUGGGUGAGCUAAAAUGUUGAAUUAAAUGAUUUCUGUAUUUAAUCAAACAAAGAAUCCCUUGGUUGCCAUCUUUUCUUCUCCUCAUCACUCUUCUGCCUAAAAUUGUAUGGAUAUUAUAAAGAGAAAUUUCUCUCAGGUCAUUCUUGGAAUCGAAAAAAGGCUAGCUCCCAAAUGCAGCAUUUUUUCAAUGGCUUGAUCAGCUGGGAAAGACUUUAGCAAGUAAAUAUGCUGAGCACUGUUAAAAAAAAAGCACUGUUAUAAAGUUUAAACGGUUUUGGAAAUGAAGUGUGAAAAGCACUAAAGGGAAAAACUAAGAGGUUAAAAAGAUCUAACUUGCCCCUUUACUGCUUUAAACAAAGAUACACUAUGUAUGGCUUUUGUAUCUUUCAGAUUUUGUGACAUGAUUGUAGAUCGGGAUGUGUUCAUAGCUGUUUGCUUUGUGUUAAGAGCAACAUGUGCCAUUGGAGGGGCUGCAACUGAAACCUCAACAGUGUCCAUUUUACUGACAAAAUUUCCUGAUAAUGUUGGAAUGGUUUCAGUAUGUGGGAUUUUUUUCUUGAAUUCAAACUAAAUCAAUUUUGUAAUAAAUGUAUUGUUGGUCUUAAAAUGUGAAGAUUACAGUAAUGAUGUACUUUGAUAUGCACGAUGAAUUAGAGGUUCUAGUCGGUUUAAAAUGUUAUGAAAGAAAUGCGCAGUUAUCAUAUGACGUAGCAUAGCGACUGAUGAAUGAAUGCUUAUUUUUAGUUAUAAUUAUAGCGUUUCGAAAUCCCCCGGUGGAGGACAAACCGUUUUAAAAACACCUUCAUGAUGGCCUCCACCAUUAAAUAUAACAACAACAGUUAAUUAACGACCGUUUCCUAGAAACCUAUGUAGAUAAUGUAAAUAUAGCUUUUAAAUAUAGAUAGGUUUUAGCUCAUAGAUUUUUUAAUUGUUUAUAAUUUUGAAUAUUCUUAUAUACGUUAUAUAAUAUAUUUAUUUAAUUACAUUAUUGUAAUAUACGCAAUUCAGCCGCAAGGCUGCUAGGUAUAUUUAAAUAAACUAUCUAUCUAUCUAUCUAAUGAUUAAGGUGGCUCUAUCAAACUCGCUGAGAAAAGGCAUCACUCAGUAGCCACUGUAUAAAGCUUGUCAUGACAUUUCCUGAGUAAUUCUCUUUUUCUUUAAACGUCAUUUUCUAGGGCGUGGUGGAGACAGCUGCUGGAGCCGGAAAUGCCUUUGGUCCAGUUAUUGGAGGAUUUCUUUACACAGUAUGUACAAGGCAUGAUCUUUAUCUGAUACAUUAUCUGGUUUAAAUUUGUAGGUAAUAUAUCAGGCAAAUAUGAUCUGGUAAGCAUCCUUAAAUUGAUGAAAUUGAACAAGGAAGUCAUGUCGAUCGACGUUACAUUCAAAAACGUUACUGGUUUUCUUUUUUUCUUUGAACACCUAUACUCCUUUCAGCCAGGUUUCAGUACUCGUGUUGUCUAAGAGACGCUACCUCACCCCCCACCCCUCCCCUACAUCAUAGUGAGGUUGAACACUUAGUUAUCUCAGCUUUUUCGUCCACAGAGCAUAUCGAGGAAAUAAACAAAGAUAUUAGUAACUGGGUAAUUAAAGCUGCAGUGAAAUGCUGUCAUCAAUGUUCAUUCAUCUUAAAUGAUCUCAUUUCUAGGUUGGUGGUUUUAAACUUCCAUUUUUUGUCACGGGUGGCACUCUGAUUGCUGUAAUUCCAAUUAUAGCAUUGGCACUUGGCAAAGGUUUGAUUUUGAGAUUUUUUUUGACCAUCUAGUUUAUCUUACUGGUUAAAUAUCAACAACGAUUCCACGAAAGCUUUCUUUUAAGCUGAAGUAAUAAAAAUAAAUUACAAACAGGUUCAAGAAAAAUAGUUUGCCGCGAGUAAACAAAAUAGCGGAACGGCGUUUGAAUCAGUGCAUAUGCACGGCUCAAUGUUGUUGUCUUUCGAUUUUGCUCCAAUAAUGUAAGGAAAUUGAAAGUUAAGUCAUCAUAAUGGAAAUAAAUUUCACCAGCAAAAAUUCCAAUUUUUAUUCUACCUUUAUUUCACUAAAAAUUAUCCAGAAAAUAUUAAAACUGCCUCCAAGGCUUGCAAACUUUCAACAAAAACUUCAGUAAAAAUUAUCAGAUCGCAAUCGCAGAGGUAGCCAAUUCUGGCCACAAAAAUCGCAUUUUAGCCAUCUGAAUUGAAGUAUUCUUCAGAAGCGCGUCAUAGUUUGUGCCUUCAUCUUGCAUAUGGCCAUUUCUCUUCAGUUUUCUUUUUUAAUCUGCUCGAGUUCUCGGUGCCAUUGUGUUCAUUCAUUGAGAAAUUAGUUUUACUCUUUGCUCUUCUGACCGGCAGGUCAUUCAGUUUCAGGCUCUCUGACUGGUUUAAUCGCACUUUUUGAAGGUUUUCAUGAGAAUCAGCGACUUGAUCACAAAAUAGAAAUAAAUUUAUCAUUCUAUCUUGUAAGCUUCUCGGCUGCGCCUCGUGGUUUGUAAACUUUUCACGUGUUCUCCCAAUAUUACGCUGUAAACCGAUAGAAAAAGGGGUUUAUUGCUUAAAUACAUGUUAAAAAGGCGCUGAGAUUCAAAGAUCCGUCAAUAUGAUUAGGGAAUGAGUAAGCACAAACGUCAGUCUAUAAACAAUCUUUCAGUUCACUCUUGAGUCGUUGUUGUUAUAUAUGUCUCCUUUUUUAUGAUGUACGCUGCAUAGACAUAAACUAGCUUUGAAAUCGUUUCAAGGUAAUAUGUACCAUUACUCUUUAACAAACACUUUGGUAACCAAUUAUCAUGUUAGCCACCAACAUGAAAAUGCAGGGUAGAUUGGUGAUUGUGUCAGUAUACCGAUGCAUUUGUUCGCGGAUUGGCUGCACCCCAGGUUUUUCAUUAAAUUUUUGGAAAGUGUCGAAACGCUUGUACCUGCGUAUAAGACGCACCCCUAACAUAAGUUCCAUUCUUUGGCUGUGGCUAAUCUAGGAGUAAAAACAGUAUAUCAAGCCCAUCCUUUAGGAUCGUGUGGGUAAAAAGCAUUUAACUGAAAGGAAGUUAAGCCCUAGGGCCGCAUAUUUUUUUUGCUGAUCACCUCUAACUCAGGCUAUGGGAAUAAAACGAGAAACAGGAGUUCCUCCACUGCAUUUAGUGUAGUUUUGAGCCAUAUUAGCCCAUCCCUGAGAAGUUUCUAUCUAAUAUUACAUUGUUUUAAUUUAAAAACUACAAAGUAGGAGAAGAAGAGAAGAAAGACGAGGACAAGGAAUCAAUAUCCAGGUUAAAAGUGCUUAAAAUUCCAUCUGCACUCAUGUUAUGUAAGUACAUGAGUACUCUUAACAUUUAACCUAUUAUUUCUGACAAUGGAUGAUGGAGAGUUAAUAUUACUGGAUAAUGUGAUUGCUGAUGCACCCUGGGUUGAGGGUAGCCAGAAUACUUCUUUUGGCAGAACAUUUAUGUGGAUACCACGCCUAUCUCAAAACAAGUACCUCUGAAAAUAAGUCAGGAUCAGCGAUUGAAAAGAGCAGAGGCCUUUUAUUUAAGCUACAUGUGUUAAUGAGUUAGAGCUGUUACAAUUGUAAAGAGAAAUGAGAUUGGUCUCUGAUAAAUUUUUCUGCCAUUUUAUUCCAGCUCUCUGCUUUGUCGUCAGUGGUUUUUCAUUUCCAUACUUUGAGCCUGUCUUAGGGCCGCAUUUAGAGCAGGUACACCACGACUUUUACUUUAAUAUUAUGACAGGUGUUUUUGACUUAACAUAUAAUGCUUUAGACUGUCACAGAGCAUGCUACGUCAACUGUAUGCUUUUAUCAAAUUUGACCUGUCUUCGAGAGGAAAACCUGGGCACCAAGAUCUUUUAACGCGAACAUUCGAAAAUACUCCAGGAUUUCGUUAGUUUUGUUUCACUUCCCUUUUGUGAUUCACUAAACUCGCGCCAAAAAUAAAAGUGAUCACGAAUGGGUCACUUGCAUUUCAUUGUGCAUCACGUAGAUUCCUUCUUUGUACUUAAUUUGAGUUCCUUAUAAGCUCUGUGGGAUGUUUUUCUAUUUUCUGAGUAGACAUUGUCACUACUUCGGUUUCCUGUGUUAGACACUAAGUCGACAGGCUCUCAUUAUUAUUAACGCUGCAGGACGCGCUUUUCUCCGCACGUUGGAAGGUUCGAGACGAGUCGGGAAGAGGUUUGCUGGAAUCUGGCAGAGCCCAAACAAACCCCUGGCCGGCUUGCUUUUCUGAAGAACUCAGGCUUCCUCGCAGGCAAAGAAACGCUCGUGUUGCAGCGCUCAUGAUGAGUGUCUGCUUGAAGGCUUAAUAGAAAUGCCUGUUUCUAGUUAGUAAGUUGCUUCACCUAAAAUUCAGUUCGCCAAAAUUUUAGAGCCGUCUGUCUUCCAAGCUGAGCUCAGUUGUCCAAUUUUUUAAGGUUCUCAAACGAUGGUAUCUAUUCACUUCACAGAUGGGUCAAAAUACAACACAGAUUUAUCUCGUUUUUCUUUACUGGUGUGGCACGUACACUCUGUUAGCGCCAAUAGUGGGCUACAUAGGAGAUAAAACGGUAAGUUUUCGCUUUAGCAUAGCAACAAUUAACUUUGCAUCAGGAUCUGACAUUAUCACAAUUUCCAAAUCUACGGUCCAAGAAAUUUCAUCAAAAAGACAAGCGACUACCAUCAAAGGAUACUAAGACUUCUUCAUGUGAGUUUUUUUUUUCUUUUAUAUGGAAUUGUAAGGGAAGGGGCGGGGUUCCCAGUGCAUUAUGGAAUCCGUAAUGGCAUGUUCAAACUGAAUUUCACGAUGACCAACAAGGUCCAUUCCUUCCCAAUCAAGAGUGUAUUUCUCAGAGGCCGGGGAUUGGGUUGCGUUGAAAUAAAAUGGAUUAUAAAAAGCAAAAAGUGCUGUGGAAAAAUGGCGAGUUUUGGCGACGUCUUGCUGUAGAGAGUUUUCCCAAAUAUUGUUUACUUGGAUUUCUGUAGGUUCUCUAGGGAGAACAGUUACCGUUACCUCCGAUUUACUGUUGAUUCAGUUGUCAACUCGAGGCGUCACUUCAGAGAAAAACUCAUAUACCCGCAAUCUGGGUUCGCUUGUUAAAAACUCAUGUUGACGCCUCUUCCUCGUGUGUGAUUUAGUGUGACUUAAAAAUAAAUGCAUGAUUUUUAUACGAUUCCAUUCUUCUCUAUUAAUUUCUUCUCAGAACUGUUAUCGAUCGAUGAUUAUAGUAGGUUUCAUUGGAUUCUUCAUUGGAUUUCUGUUGAUGGGACCUGCUUCAUUUCUCACGUUCUUACCACCUAAGUAUGUGUACUAAUCAUUUUGCAUACUCUUGAAAUGUUAACGCUUUAACUCCCACGGGAUCUAAUUGUUAUUUUCUAUUUUGGCUGCUACAAAUUUCCUUGAAAAUUGGUAACAAGAAUUUGGUGCUAGAUCACGAAAAGACUUCUACUUGAUAAGAUCGAUUAUUCUCCUUACCUGUUUGCUGGACAAUGUAUGGAAAUUAUAGUGAUAGUUUACAGGUUUAUAACUUCUGGGAGUCAUAAGGUGAAGAAAAAGUACACGUUAGCAAAUAAUACUCACAGAUAAGCUGCAAUUUAAGCAAUUGCAGAAAAAAGCCUGUAAAAGUUCAGGUUUCAAUAGGAUUCGAACGAGCGCUUCUAACCACUGAGCCGCAGAGCCACAUUUAGUGAGCAAGGCAAAUUUAAGUGGGGCCUUUAUUUGCCUUAAAAUAAUUUAAAAUGAAAUGAAGUAAAUGAUAUAUUGGCUUGUCAGAGGAGAGUGUACAAUCCUUACAUUCCUCCACAAUAACCUUAAACGUAUUGGAAAUGUGCUAACAAAUAUACUGAGAACAUUUUGGUGAAUGAUCGAAACUUUUCAAAACUAAUCUGUGUUUUGAGCGAUUGGUACAUGUUCAAACAAGUCAGAGGUCACCAGCGUGCAAUCCCACGCAGAUUUGUAGCUGCAAUUAUCAACUUUCAAGCCUAUUUCUAAAUCAAUCGAAAACUGAAGUUCAGUCACCUGAAAAAAACCUUAUCUUGAUGGUAAACUACUCGUUGGAUCCCGCUAUUCUUGCAGGACGAUUUGGCUGGUUAUUUUUGCAAUAACCAUCCAAGGAAUUGCUGGUGGUUUUGCUUUUGUACCCAUCAUGCCUGACCUUAUUAAAAAUUUAAGGUAAGUAGCAAUGUUUUCGUAAGGCUCGUUUCUUUUCUUUACCAAGGAUAAAGUUUCAGUCAGUGAAUGGCAGAGUCUAGGAAAUCCAGUUGGGAAGAGUUUAAGUUACUGGAAGACAACCUAAUUGAUUUAUUUGUAGAUAUGUUUUUGUGUCAAUGAUUUUGGGCUUGCUUUUGUUACCUCUUUUCCUCUUGCAGGGCAAAUGGAAUGCCCGAUAAUUCCUCCACAAACGCGCUUGUGUCGAGUAUUUACGGUUCUAUGUACUAUUUAGGGUAUGUGCUCUUUUUUCACUGAUUCUUUAUCUUUUUUGUGUUAGUUGCUGAAACGACAACGAUAUGAGAGAGGGCAGACGCUAACAUCCACUCUUAAAAUGGAUCAUGUACAUUUUUUCAAUUCCUUCUUUACAGAGCAACAAUUGGACCCAGUCUGGCUGGAGUAUUAGAUGAUCAUUUUGGAUUUGAGUGGGCCAUGAGUGUAAGUGCUGUUUUCAUCAUUCGAGGCAUUUGAUCUACGCUACGAAACUUAAUAUUAUGAAGAGUUUGGGAAUAAGUCAGUAUUUAUCGAACGGCGGUGGUGGGGUGGGGGAGUGAAGGAUUUUGGUAAGGAUCACAUGGUUUUCAAGGGAAAUAGAUGGGGGAUCACUCCGUUCAGCCGUCGCAACAGAGUAUAAGGGGAAACUAUGGAAAAUUAACUGUUAACUACCUGUCAGUGAGAGGGGACAAGAGAUGAUGAGACGGAUUUUGGUUAUGUCAAGAUAGAAUUUAGUUCCAACAAACUUCCC